GCAUAAACAGCUCACAGUCAAGAUUAAAUCCUCUGUUUGUGUUUGUGUGUGUUUGUGCGUGUGUGCUAUGAGUACUUGUAUAUUUGUGCAUUUACAUUAAUACAGACAAAGUACAAUAUUAUACACAUAUACCUGUUGGAUUUAUGAACACAUCACUUUCGUCUACAUAAUCCUGUUUAAUGUUGUAAAAAUGAGGAAGCGUAUAUGCUGUAAAAGUCACCUUCUAGUACGGACGCUUCGAUGAGGUUUGAAAUGAUGGAUGCUUCGUUCGAGUUUCAGUGGGAAAAAACCAUCAUUCAUUGAGGAUUGCAGGUAUAGCCAGUGAUGAGUCUCAAAUAAGACGAAAUGUGCACCCUGGAUACCAUUCCUAGUCACCACCCACCAAAUAACAACAGGAUAACCUUUAUUUAUGCUUAAACUAAUGCGAAAUAAGGUAAAGAAUUCUGAAUUAUUUCAUGCUGCUAUCAUUCUGCGACAAAUGACGUUUUGCCCAAUUCCUACUUUUUAGCCGAAAGAUACUUCUAUCAUGCUUAUAAAUUACAUGUCAGUUUUAGUCAACAAAUUAAAUUCCGCAUUAUGCAAGUUUAUUUGUUACACCAAAAACAAGCUAAUUAUUUUGACCUAUUGGUGUUUUUCACCAUUAAAAUUUCACGAAUCGAUUUGUCGCGUGGACAGAUUUUUAGUCUUCUCAAUUUUGAUUGGUUCGUUACACCUAAAAUCCCCAAGGCAUUUGAUUGGUUGAUUUUUCUUUGCUUGCCAGAAGUAUUAAAAGGAUGAUCCGCUUAAAAAGAAAGGUUUUCUUCCUUGAAUAAUUUGUAUGCUGUUGGCAGCAAGAUUAUUUUUAUACUGAUCAUAUUUUAUCAAAAUGGAUUCAUCACCGCCGACAUUACUGAAUGCUUUAAAACCACUUACGACAAACAGACCCAGACCACGAUCGAGGUUCACAUCCAUACGUCCUACCCCACAUCCAGUUCUCGCUACUAAACGUGAUAUUAAUGUUAACUUAAACGCAAGUCAUGUGCAAAGUGGAGAUUUAAAUCAAAGUACAUCGGUGAAUACUGACUUGAAAGCACAAGUGCCUUCAUCAAAAUUAACACGAUUUAUGAGGCGAAUCAGCAUGAAUCUUCUUCCUUCAGAGCAAACAUUAUCUGAUAGUCUGAAUGGAGCAGAAAAGAAAAAUAAUUCACAAUUCGAUUUUAACACAUGGAAAAGACGGAAAUCCUCAAUUAUCAACAGGGAUAGGUCACCACUAUGUUUACAAGAAGAUUUCCAAACAAGUGAAGAGGUACCUGAAGUAAAGGAAAAUACAUUAGCUGAAGAGGAGCUGCUAAUUGUUUGUCAAAUAGACGACUUGAGACAGUUCAAAGGAACUCAACUAUGUGCACAAAACGGAAGAGCAGUUUGACAAGAUGGUUUGAGAAAAAUGUUAAACAUCCAAGAAGAUCACUGCCACAUUCGUCUCCAACAACUACUUGUACAUUAUCGGUCCCCACCGACUCGAAUAAGUUAUCAACUGAUGUACCAGUAGAAAAUACCGUAAAGGAUACACCUAUAGGUCAACAAAGCAUUACACCAUAUACUAGAGUGUUUAAAUCACGACGAAGUCUUUUAAGACAUAGACGCCUUGCCAGAGAUACUGUAAUGACAUCUAAAUCCCAAGAGACCAAGGCAUCUAGAGAUUCUUCAAUUCAAAAUGUUGAUCCAGCUACUGAUUGUGAUAAUCUUGUUCGCAGUAAAGAAGUCAAGUCCGAAAACAUUAUACUUUUGAACAAGGAAAAUGAAGAGCUUGUAAGGCCUGAUGUAAAUACUAAUGGUAACAAACCAACUUUUGGUUCACUGGGACGAAUUGCUGAACAGGAUGAUGCUUGGUUUAUUAUUCCACCCACUGGAAUUGAUGGUCCAUAUUCUCAAAAUCAAAAUGGCACUUAUUCCAGUAUCAGUUCAAUCGUGUCAGAUUUUACAAGCAUGAGUCAUUCGGUCGGUAGAAGCAAUGGAUCUAGUAAAUCUCUUCUAAGUACAUUUUAUACUCCCACAAUGAAACGUCGACAGAGGCUACCUAUACCUUCUGAAUUUCUUAAUUCAGCAACUACCGGAACUGUAUCUUCUAAGCCACCUACUCCUUCGAAGGAUGGAAUAGGUCGGGCACCAACAACAAACCUUCAGUCAGAAGUGAAUAGAUCUAGUGACCAAGAUUCUGGUCUCUCUUCACAGUUAAGCGCACCACUUCAUGCUACAGAUAUGGAAAGUCAGAAUGAAGACUAUUUACACAAAGUAGUGAAUAAUAAUCCAACAGCAAUAUCAUCCACAACACGUUGGACAACUACACUACGCCAAUCGAUGAAGCGAGCGAAUAACAGACGUGUUUUAUUAGCGGGCUGUACAAUAUUCAAUAGGAAUCCUGUCGAAGGGAUCAAUUACCUCAUCAGAAAUUAUAUUUUAGUAUCCAACCCUUCUAAAAUUGCUCAUUUCCUACUGAAUGAACCAAAUCUCAAUCGUCAAGCUAUUGGAGAAUACUUCGGUCUCUUGGACAAUCCAAUGGCAACUAAGGUUUUAAAGGAAUUUUUAUUACUGAUCGAUAUGAAAGGAAUGGAAGUAGACAAUGCUUUGCGCUCAGUUAUCGGUCAUUUCCAUCCAUCGGGUGAAUCUCAAAAAAUUGCCUAUCUAAUGCAAAUAUUUCAAGAAGUGUACAUACUUCAGAAUCCAGAUCGUGUUCAUAGACUGUUUCGUAAUUCAGAGACAGUAGAGGUUUUGGCCUAUUCAGUCCUGUUAUUACAUACUGAUCUUCACAAUCCGAAUGUUGGAAAAAUGGGGAAACGUAUGACUAAACAAGGAUUCAUUAAUAAUAACCGAGGAAUAGAUUCUAAUCAUGAUGUCAGGAAAGAUCUACUAGAAGGCAUUUACGACCGUGUAGCUGCAUCCGAGUUCAAAACACUACCAGAUCCCUCAGAUAGACUGCGAGCUUUGGAUGGAGUUUUGGUCGGGCCCUUGAAGACAGAUAAUUUUGUGCAAAGACAUCGCCGCUUCAUUGGUAGAGUACUAGCACAACAAAUCGAAAAGAUUGCUCCCCGACGAUUGCCAAGUAAAAAUAAUUCCCGAUGGCGUUAUCUACUGAUAUUCAAUGACAUCUUACUAGUGGUGAAGUCACUAAGUUCAACACGGCUUAGGUCAGAUUCUCUUAUGAACACAGCAGCUGCAGUAGCUAUGGGUGAUCAAAAUGCUAGCCGACAUUACACACCAAGAAAUUCCAUAUCUAGUGUUCGUAACCAAAAUCCUAAAGAUCAGUCAGGAAAUGUCAGAAGUCGCAGUUCUUCCGGUGUGGUGCAAGAUGUAGCACAAAAAAUAUUCUGUUCUACAGAGCCAUUUGCCAGUGACACUUCUUACCAAGUUCGCAAUGUUUAUCCGUUUCUCGAUCUACGUGUACUGGUUUUUGAAUCUAACUAUUAUCGAUACGGGGUUCAACUAUGCAAUUCAAGUGGACCAGUCAUUAGUUUAAAUAUGUCGUCCGAAACCUGUCGUCGUCAGUUUAUUGAUUGGGUGUAUGAAUCCAUUGCCGAAAUGGAAGAACUUCAACAGCAUCAGCAAAUGAAGCAAACUGUAUGUGAAAAAACCAUUAUAAUCAAGUCUGAACUGAAUUCCAGUAAUACCAGUAUUGUUAGAGAAGAUACCAGUAGCAGUGUAUCUUCGUCGUCAAUGAAAAAGAAGGUUAUCUUAUCUAAUCCCUAAUCAUAGAUGAUAGAAUAUCUCUAAUUUAAUUUUUCAGAAUACUUCAGAUGAAUUCCUUUGAUUUUUCUUUCCUUUCUUAGGACUAAACAGAAUCGACUGUAUCCUGUUUGAUUUUAUUGUCCAGGAUAUACAGUCUGCCUCAGAUUUCUCAUUUCUGUGAUAUUUCAGAUGUGUCAGAUGUACAUACAUGUAUACACACACACACACAACAGAGAUUAUUCCUUCUGUUUUUAUUGAUGACUUUUGAUUCUCUACUUUAUAAAAUAAGACUUACGCUUUAGAUAACAUUCUAUUAGAGAUCUAUUCACAGAAUAGAGAACAGUUAUAUAUUCGAUUAGUACUAUUAUUACACAUAUAUACUUUCUCAUGUUUAUUUAUAUACCUUUUCGCUCAAAAAUUCAUGGACAUACCCAAUUAUAUACAUAUAUAUGCAUCAGUUGCCGCCUUAUAACUGCAUUUGAAAAUUAGACAUAUAUAUAUUCAUUUUUUAUGAUUUCUUCCCGUAAUCAAUUUCUAUUGUGUAUUUUCCAGGAUGAUAUGCCAGUCAUUUUAGAAAUAUUAAGUACUUGUAUAUUUAAAGAAUAUUUUUAUUCGUUUUUAGAUGAAUUUUAUCUGGGUUUAUCAUAUUGUAUAAAAAUAUAUAAAUUGAUUCUUUGCUU